AAUGCGACCUGCUUUCGCACUUCUCCGACUGCUGAAAACGUGAGGACAGUCUGGAGCCUAACGUGUGGCUGAGGAGUGAAAAUGGAUAAAAAAAAUGAAAAGGGCGAAGCCAGAGGUAAAGGUGGAACUAAACCAGACAAACCUGAGGCCUUUUUACAAGUAGAAAGAGUACCCAAUUUCAAUCUCCUUCCCAAGAAUGUAAAGAGAAGAGUUUAUGCCCUCAAAAGACUCCAGCUCCAGAGUGGCAACAUUGAGGCAAAGUUUUACGAAGAGGUUCAUGAGCUAGAGAGAAAGUAUGCUGGACUCUACCAGCCCAUCUUAGACAAGAGACGGGAGAUUGUGACUGGUGCUGUCGAACCUACAGAUGAGGAAUGCGAAUGGCACAGCGACAAAGAGGAGGAUGAGCUUGCUGACGAUUUGCAAAAAAAAGCUGCUCUGGAGGAGAAGCAGGCAGAUUCAGCCAGUGCCGUUGAUCCGAAAGGAAUCCCCGAUUUCUGGCUUACAAUCUUUAAACAUGUGGAUAUGCUGGGAGAAAUGCUGCAGGAACAUGAUGAGCCAAUCCUAAAACACUUGCAGGACGUCACUGUGAAGUUUUCUGAGCCUGGACAGCCAAUGAGUUUCACGUUAGAGUUCCACUUUGAGCCCAACAGCUACUUCAGUAACACAGUCCUCACUAAAGUUUACAAGAUGAAAUCAGAGCCGGACGCAGCCGAUCCGUUCUCUUUCGAGGGGCCAGAGAUUGUGGACUGUGAAGGUUGUAAGAUUGACUGGCAUAAAGGCAAAGAUGUGACAGUCAAAAUUGUUAAGAAGAAGCAGAAACACAAAGGAAGAGGGACCAUUCGAACAGUUAGCAAAGAGAUCCCACAAGAUUCAUUCUUCAACUUCUUCAAUCCAGUUAAAGCCUCACCUGAUGGAAUGGAUGAAGACUUGGAUUUCACUCUAGCUACGGAUUUCGAGAUCGGACACUUCUUCCGAGAGAGGGUUAUUCCCAGAGCAGUGCUUUAUUUCACAGGAGAGGCCUUAGAGGAUGACGAAAGUUUUGAAGAGGAAGAUCUUGAAGAGGGAGAAGAGGAGGACCUGGAUGAGGAAGGUGAAGAAGAGGAGGAGGGUGAUUUUGACCCCACGGCAUAAUUCAUUACUCAAUUCAUGCAUUUCUAGAAAGACCCUCCUCCUGCAGAGUGCAAACAGCAGUAAGACUCAAGAACAGACAGCCAUGGCACAACUCGGCUGCUGUCAGCCAAUUAGACGGUGUGGAUGCAAACCUAAUUUCCUCGUGGACUCGCAACACUAAUGCAAUAGGAAACCAAACGCUGUUUAGAAAAUGCAUGUUUUCUGUACUGUUUACUUUUUACAGAGAUGACCUCAGUGUUUUCGUUCAUAAGACGUGUGAUAUCACACUCUGAAAUCUAGCCGACAAAACGUGUAAUGUAAUGAUUUUCUUUCGGAAGAAGUUUCUAUGUUCAAAAUGUUUGUCUGGAGCUGGUGUGUGAGUGAGGGCAAGCAAAGACACCCCUUGUAUUUUGAAUUCUUAACAUUCAUAUGCAACCAUUACCAUUUUUGCAACAUAGCAGGUUCUUGGACACUCCCUAGAUGAUAUGACCUCCCAAAUGGCGUCCAGUGUAGCAUCACUCAGGGUUUUUCUUUGCCAACAAUUUGAACCUGCUGCGUUUAUGAAUUUGACAUUCGCUGAAAUUUCCAGUUUCACUGUUACAGUUUAGUUAAGAAGUGUUUUGAAACUGGAAGCUGAACGAUGUGGAUUAUGGUAAUAGAAUACUUAUGGUUUGAAUUUAGGGUUGGGUGUCAUUGAAUUCCCAAAUACCUAUGUGACGUACUGCAUAUCCAUGCCAUGCACGUUGACACAGGAUUUCUACCAUAUUUUAUUUCGCCAUGUGAUUACGUGUCGAGUUGCUCGAUUCAUGCACAGAGUUUCAUCUAUUACAGUAUUAAGAAUGUUAACAGCGGGUCUAUCCUCCUCUAUUUUGAACUGUGUGCAAGCCUUAGCCUUAUCUGGAACUUUUUCGGGUUGUAAUGCAACAUUGUUUCCAUUUUGUACAAAAUAGACAAAAAUAUUAUAUUAAAUGUUGUGGGACAUGA